AUGAAAGGAAUUGAUCCGGCCAUAACAACUCACGAGCUAAACGUCGAUCCGACAGUCAAGCCUAUCCGACAGAAGCGACGCAAGCUCGGUCCAGAUAGGUCAAAGGCUGUAAACGAAGAGGUCGACCGGUUGCUCGGCGCUGGUUCAAUUGCUGAGGUGCACUACCCUGAGUGGUUAGCAAAUCCAGUAGUCGUCAAAAAGAAGAACGGGAAGUGGCGCGUCUGCGUCGACUUCACAGACUUGAAUAAAGCCUGCCUAAAGGACAGCUAUCCUCUUCCCAACUUCGACCGUUUAGUCGAGUCCACGGCUGGAAACGAGAUGCUCACCUUCAUGGACGCUUUCUCAGGGUACAACCAAAUCAUGAUGCACCCGGACGAUCGCGAAAAAACGACAUUUAUCACGGAGAGAGGAACCUACUGCUAUAAGGUCAUGCCAUUCGGUUUGAAGAACGCGGGAGCAACCUACCAACGGCUUGUGAACAAAAUGUUCACAGACAAGCUGGGCAUCACCAUGGAAGUAUACAUCGACAAUAUGCUUGUCAAGUCGCUUCACGCUGCUGAUCACCUCUGUCACUUGAGAGAUUGCUUCGAAACUCUCAACAAAUACGACAUGAAACUGAACCCAGCAAAGUGCACGUUUGGGGUUUCCUCAGGCGAGUUCCUUGGAUACAUAGUCACGCAGCGGGGAAUCGAAGCCAACCCGAAGCAGAUCUCCGCGGUCCUGAACCUUCCGAGCCUAAAAAAUAGUAGAGAAGUGCAACGGCUUACGGGUAGGAUAGCUGCACUCAACCGGUUCAUCUCCAGAUCCACUGGCAAAUGCUUGCCAUUCUACGACCUCCUCCGAGGUAACAAAAGGUUUAUCUGGGAUGAGAAAUGUGAGGAGGCAUUUAUCAAACUCAAGCAUUAUCUUACAACUUCACCUGUUCUCGCCAAGCCAGACGUCGGCGACGUUCUAUCUCUUUACGUCGCAGUAUCACAAGCAGCAGUCAGUAGCGUUCUAAUAAAAGAGGAUCGCGGUGAGAAAAAGCCAAUCUUCUACACGAGUAGGCGCAUGACCGGACCAGAAACGCGAUACCCAACUCUGGAGAAGAUGGCACUGGCAGUCGUCGAAGCGGCGAGAAAGCUUCGCCCCUACUUUCCGUCACAUUCGGUUGAAGUAUUAACCGACCAGCCCCUUCGAACGAUACUUCAAAAUACAAACAGGUCCGGAAGACUAACGAAGUGGGCUAUCGAACUCGGUGAGCUUGAUAUCACUUACAAAAACAGAACUGCAGCGAAAUAUCAGGUCCUCGCAGACUUCUUAAUCGAAUUGGCCCCGGAGUUAGAGCAAGAUCUCACGCUCCCAAACCCAAACUGGACACUGCAUGUCGACGGAUCUUCGACUAACAGGGGCGCAGGUGCUGGAGUUCAACUGCAAUCCCCGACCGGCGAACUGAUCAGGCAGUCUUUUAGCUUCGACUUUCCAGCCUCGAACAACGAAGCUGAAUACGAGUCUUUGAUCGCUGGACUCCGCUUAGCAAAAGCUGUCAAGGCCAAACGUUUAAGCGCCUACUGUGACUCGCAGUUAGUCGCCAGUCAGUUUAGCGGCGAUUAUGACGCCCGCAACGAUCGGAUGGAUGCCUACCUCAAGAUAGUACAGGGAUUAGCCGCAGAGUUUGAAUUCUUCGAACUCGUCAAAGUUCCCAGAGGAGAAAACAUCUGCGCCGACGCCCUUGCAGCCCUUGGAAGCAAGCUUCAUGACCAAGUUAAACGAACUAUUCCAAUACACCGCAUUGAGAAGCCGAGCAUCGAUAUCUCGACGGACCAAACCGCCAUCAUAGCCCCAGUCACCGAAACCGACACUCUCGUUACUGAUGAGUGCGGCCCUGACUGGCGAACUGAGUUUAUCGACUACCUCUCAAAGGGGGAACUUCCAACCCAGAAAUGGGCAGCCCGCCGACUAAAAACGCGAAGUGCCCAUUAUGUUGUCCUAGACAACGAACUCCAUCGAUGGACUGCGAGUAAAGUAAUACUCAAAUGUAUCCAUGGCGAAGAAACGGUCAGGGUUAUGGCCGAAACACACGAAGGCGCUGGAGGUAACCAUUCGGGCGGACGCGCAUUAGCAAUCAAAGUGAGAAGCCUGGGCUUUUUCUGGCCGACGAUGAACGCAGAUUGCGAGUCCUACGCCAGAAGCUGCGACAAGUGCCAACGGCAUGCACCAAGCAUCCAUUGUCCAACUGAAAUGUUACGAAUGACAGUCGCACCGUACCCGUUCAUGCGAUGGGCAAUGGAUAUCAUAGGACCUCUUCCAUGCUCCCGCCAGCGGCGUUUCAUUCUCGUCCUCACUGAUUACUUCACCAAAUGGAUCGACCCUGAAGCCUACGCUCAAGUCACCGACAAAGAAGUCCGCGGGUUCGUCUGGAAAAACAUCAUCUGCCGUCAAGGUCUACCGUACGAGAUCGUUACCGAUAAUGGAUCACAGUUCAUGUCGGGCAACUUCAAGGAAUUUUGCAGCAGAUGGAACAUUUGUUUGAGCCCCUCUACCCCUCGUUACCCACAGGGAAACGGCCAAGUGGAGUCCUCCAACAAGCUCAUCAUCGACGGCAUUAAGAAACGAUUAGACCUAAAAAAGGGUCAUUGGGCCGACGAACUCGAUAGAGUUCUAUGGAGCCACCGCACAACACCACGAGGGUCGACCAAAUAG